AUAGUUUGAAUCGCCAGGACUAAAAGCUUCACUUCCUGAUGUCAACACUGUAUUUUUCCUCCUUGUGCAGGUCGUUUUUACACAGUCUGCUGCACAGUUUAAGUAUUAAGCUUUUGUUUUCUUACGUUGUUAUCUAUUUUAACGUAGACAGCUGUGCGUAAUUGGAUCAUUACGCACAGGAUCAUUGUUUUUACGCACACUCUUACCUGGGUUCUGAGCUGUCUGUCUCUUUACCUGGGUUGUGAGGUCUUUGUCGUUACGCACACUCUUUACCUGAGUUGUGUGUCCUUUUUUUCUUUACGCACACACUUUACCUGAGUUGUGUGCUUUCUGUUUUUACGCACACUCUUUACUUGGGUCGUGAAGUCUUUGUUUUUUUACGCACAAUCUUUACCUGAGCUGUGAGCGGCAUAUUUUGGACAGCAUACAUGGAAACAUAAGUGAGGAUACUCUUGGCUUUGAUUAUAUGACAGUUGGCUUUCCCUCCCACAAUGCACCUCGUUCAGUUUGUUUCAUUUUCGGUAUUGCUUUUGAGUCCGCAUCUCUGAACCUGCUGGAACGGGCAGGUGGGGGUGUUACCUGUUGACACCAUGCUGGCCUCUACUAUCCUGUUGCUGGUAUCCCUUUCUCUUUCAUUUGGAGCACAACUUCCAAACCAAGCAGCUUCUAAGGAUGCCCCUAUCGCAACCAAUGGCCAGCCGUUUCCGUGGACGACCAUGAGACUUCCCAAAUCCAUCUUUCCUGUCCAUUAUGAUCUGAGCAUCCACCCCAACCUGACCACUUUAGACUUCACUGGCGUUGUCCGGAUCGAGCUGGAUGUGCUUGAAGACACUGAUAUGAUAGUGCUGCACGCCAAGAAGAUGCAAGUGUCAAACGUGUUCCUAUUUGGCCCUGAAGGUGUGAAAUCCCUGGAUGUUUUGGAGUAUCCUCGCUUCCACCAGCUGGCCCUCAUUUCAGACACAGUUUUGACCAAAGGUAGAAAGUAUGAAGUUCAUCUCGAGUUUGCUGCGAACUUGUCCGACAGCUUCCAUGGGUUCUACAAGGGCAGCUAUCAAACGAGCAGCGGCGAAGUCAGAGUCCUGGCAUCGACGCAGUUUGAAGCCACCUUUGCCAGAGGAGCUUUUCCAUGUUUUGACGAGCCUGCCUUCAAAGCCAAUUUCACUAUUCAGAUCGUCCGUGAGCCACGCCACAUCGCGAUAUCCAACAUGCCCAAGAUAAAAACAGUGGAGUUACCUGGAGGUUUACUGGAGGAUCACUUCGACACCACAGUGAAAAUGAGCACUUACCUCGUGGCUUAUAUCGUCUGUGACUUCCUGUCUGUUAGCGGGACCACGCAGCAUGGAGUCGAGAUUUCGAUCUACGCCGUACCUGAGAAGAUUAACCAAACGGCUUUUGCACUGAGCGCUGCGAUCAAACUUCUGGACUUUUAUGAUGAUUAUUUUGACAUUCCGUACCCGCUCCCAAAACAGGAUCUGGCUGCUAUCCCUGAUUUCCAGUCUGGUGCUAUGGAGAACUGGGGCUUAACCACAUACAGAGAGACGGCUCUGCUGUUCGACCCAGAGAAAUCCUCAGCUUCAGACAAACUGGGCAUUACCAAAGUGAUCGCCCAUGAACUGGCCCAUCAGUGGUUUGGGAACUUGGUCACUAUGGACUGGUGGAACGACUUGUGGCUUAACGAAGGCUUUGCUAAAUUCAUGGAGUAUGUCUCAGUGCGCAUCGCCUACCCAGAGCUGCAAGUCGAUGACUUCUUCUUGGGAAAGUGUUUCGAGGCCAUGGAGGUGGACUCUCUGAGCUCGUCCCACCCGGUGUCUACGCCGGUGGAGAACCCGACGCAGAUCCAGGAGAUGUUUGAUGAUGUUUCGUAUGAUAAGGGGGCGUGCAUUCUCAAUAUGCUGCAGGACUUCCUUUCUCCUGAAGCCUUUGAGAUCGGAAUCAUUAGAUACUUAAAGAAAUACAGUUAUCAAAACACCGUCAACAGCCAUUUGUGGGAGAGUCUGAGUGAUAUCUGCAACUCAGGCGUUUUGGAUCUGAAGCAAAAAAGACACAAAGAGUUCUGUUCAAAGAGAAGCGUUCAGUCUGGAGCCUCGAAAUGGUACUCUGGUGAUGAGCUGGACGUCCGGGCCAUCAUGGACACGUGGACCCUGCAGGAGGGAUUUCCUCUGGUCACUGUGGAGGUUAAAGGUCGGGAGGUUAGACUGAGCCAAGAACGUUAUCUGAAAACUAAUGACCCCUCACUCACUGAAGGAUUUCUAUGGCAAAUCCCCCUGACCUACAAAACCAGCGCAUCAAACACCGUCCAUCGCUUCCUUUUAAAGACUAAAACUGAUGUUCUGUACCUGCUAGAGGAGGUCAGCUGGGUCAAGUUCAACGUGGACAUGAAUGGAUAUUAUAUGGUUCACUACGCGGGCGAGGGCUGGGACUCCAUUAUUAAACUGCUCCGGCACAACCACACAGCCCUGAGCAGCAACGAUCGCGCCAGCCUCAUUCAGAACAUCUUCCAGCUCGUCAGUAUCGGGAAGGUGAGACUGGACCAGGCUCUGGAUCUGUCCCUUUAUCUGUCCAAAGAGACGGAGAUUAUGGCCGUGACGCAGGGGUUUGGAGAGCUCGUGCCUCUCUACAAACUGAUGGAGAAACGGGACAUGCCUGUCCUCGAAAACCAGAUGAAGGAUUACAUCGUGCAGCUGUUCCAGGGGCUGAUCGACCGUCAGGACUGGGCCGACUCGGGGUCCGUGUCUCAGCGCAUGCUCCGGAGUUAUCUGCUGGUCUUCGCCUGCGUCAGGAACUACCCUCCGUGUGUGAAAAAGGCCACGGAGCUUUUCAACCAGUGGAAGGAAUCAGAUGGAACAAUGAGUCUCCCAGUUGAUGUCACGAUGGCUGUUUUUGUGAUUGGAGCCCGAACUCCAGAAGGAUGGGAUUUCCUGUUUGAUAAAUAUCGCCAAUCGAUGCAAAUGUCCGUCAAGAGCCGAAUGAAAACCGCCAUGUCCGUCACCCCCCUGCAGGACAAACUCACAUGGAUGUUGGAGCAGAGCCUUAACGGGAAAGUGAUGAAGACUCAGGACCUUCCAGAUGUUUUGGUGUCGAUCAGCAGAAAUCCUCGUGGUUACAAACUUGCCUGGGAUUUCCUUCGAGCGAACUGGCACACGCUGAUUCAUAAAUUUGACCUUGGCUCUAAUACCGUUUCCUUCAUGGUGAACGGUGUGACCAACCAGUACUCCACCCGAGAGAAGCUCGAUGAGGUGCGCAGUUUCUUUGGCUCUUUAACCGAGGAGACGGGAUCAGAGAUGAGGUGCAUCCAACAGACGUAUGAAACCAUCGAGGACAACAUUCGCUGGAUGGACACGCACUUGUCUUUACUGCAGAACUGGCUCAAUAAACACUCUGCGAAACCGGUACAUGACGACUUGUAACGGAGACGAAGGGGAUGCUCACAGUUUAAAAACAUUUGUGCCUUUUUGUGCGUUAUUUAGUUGUGCGUUGUACAUAUUCAGAGGAAAAGCAUAGUGUAAAACUGCAGUUUAAACUCAAAUGAAGUGGUUAGUAUUUUUGAAAACUCAACCACAUGAGAUUUCAGACAAAAAAUAGGCAGAAUUAAAGAUGUUUAUUUCAUUACGGGUGUUUUUAUUGCACUAAAUGUCUUGCAUCCUUACUGUGAGCGGGUUUGUUUGAGGUAAAAAAGAAGAGGUUUGGGUAGAUUUUCUUCUUUGCACAGAGUGAUGUUCUUAUUUUUAACGUAUUUUUGGUUAAAUAAAGUAAGUCAGUGA